AGACUGGGUGUGAGUGGCUGCUCUUCAUGCGGCCAAUGGCUGCGCACCGGAUGCGAGAUAUCCGCUGCAACAACAAGCACUCUGUUCCCCCCCGCCUCUCUCGCUCUUCAGCACGGCCCAAAUCCCGACCUCCUCUCCGGAAAGCGAGCGAGAGAGAGAGAGAGCGCGAGGGAGGGAGAGAAGAAAAAAAAAACACGAGAAAAAAAUAAUAAUAAGUUGCAACCCCUCAGAGUGUCGGGUAAAUCACGCCGAGAAAACUAACUUGUGGGCCGCAAGUUUCUUCUUGUAUUUUUGUUAAACAGGAGUCGCGCGGAGUUUUUUCUUUUUUCUUGCUCCGACCGAUGUUUGCAGUGCCUCGUGCUCUUACGCAGAACAUGGGAUUUACGUCCGAUUCACGCCGCGGCGCGUCGGGGAGAUGAGCGACGCUCGGAAACUUUCUCAAUGGAUUUUGCAGAGCACGGCUUUCCCGACUGAGCUUGUCGGACUGGGGAAGAAACUCGGGACUCGUUUUACCUGAACUGGAGCAGGAGUGUCGAAAGCACGGACUUCAGAUGUGUCGCCAGCCAGCAAGAGAGGCCCUUCAGUCCCGAGAUGGAUUCCAGAGAUCAGAACGACAGCGACGGAGGAGGAGGACAUCGUGGGGGGUUGCCGCCGUCGACUGGAUCGGCAAGCAUGGCGCAUGACGAAGGGAGAACCCAACCGACCGUAGACGGUCCGUCAGAUCUCGGGCCGAACUGCCAGUUACGGCCACACACUCCGCCGGUGUUAUCUCUGGAUCAGAUAAGAAUAAGCUGUGGUAGUAACGAGUACACAGAUGGGCCUUCAGCUGCUCAAAGGUCUCCAGCCACCCAGCAACGGAAGACUGACGCGGUUACGUCAACAGAGUCAAGGACAGAUGGAAAGGAGGAGACAGAGGAAGAGAGGUCUAAUAACCUUCGCAACCUGCAUUCAGUGACUCAGCAUGGAAGGGCGAAUACGCCGCUCUCUUCGAGAGAGGGUGUGUCUCAGUCCUCCAGCAUAGAGGGCUCCCAGAGCAGCAUCAGGACCCGUGCGGGGAGCGGUUCUACAGGUCCGAAGCUCCUCGGCAGCCCGGCGAACAGCAGCGAGAUAAUCACGAACCAGCCGAAGCGCUCCGAGCUGAAGUCGGAGGAGCUGAAACCCCUGAACGAAGAGUACAGGGACGUGGCGGCCGUGCCAGGCAGCGGAACGCCUUCGAAAAGGGACAAACACUCGAACAAGUGCGAGUCCUGCGCUCGCUGCAGGUGCUCGGAGUGCGCUCGGCGGAGGACGCUUCCGUCCUGUUGGAUGUGCGGCCAGCGCUGCCUGUGCUCCCCGCACACCGCCGUGGAGUACGGGACCUGCGUCUGCUGCAUCAAGGGCCUUUUCUACCACUGCUCCAGCGACGACGAGGACACCUGCGCCGACAAGCCCUUCUCGUGCUCCCAGUCGCGCUGCUGCAUACGCUGGAUGACCAUCUCGCUCUUCUCCUUGUUCUGCCCCUGUCUGUUGUGCUACCUCCCGGCUAAAGGGUGCCUGGCCAUGUUGCAGUGCUGCUAUGACUGUGCCGCGCGGCCCGGCUGUCGAUGCGAGAACCCAACCCCGACACGCUACCAGGACGCCAGCACGGCAACGUAGGCCAGGCUGUAACGGGACACACGUUGACCGACGCGCAAUCGGUUGCCGUCUAAAAACGUUGCGGCGGUUGUCUUUGCUUCCACCCGACAUGUCAAGAACGGCUUUGAUCUGUGAACUUGCGAUGCAGAUUGAGAGGAAAUGUUACCGGUAAAGGCACUGGAGGUGCAUUUACUCACCCUAGCGUUAGGAGAUUCACUUGAAUGGUCAACCAAAAUAAGCACUCCACGUUUCAAGGUAUGGCGUCUUAUUUAACUACUGUUAAAUAGAAAAAAAACAAAAAAUCUUCACUCAAGUGCCGUGAUAUUUGCUAAUACAGUCCAAGCAGGUAGCCUCUUUUGACGUUGUUUUUUUAACAUUUGAUACAAAUGAUAUUCUAAAUGCAAACUUCUGUUACUAACUGUAUGUAACGUAGUCAUGGAAAGGGCAUGUACAAUAGAAAAUGACAGAUGUUUUAUUUUUGCGUGUUGCUACUUCAGCUGUGAAAAAAAGUUCCCUGCCAUGACAGAGGACCCUUGAUAAGUCUGCAUCUAUGUGGAUCCGUCAGCUUCCGUUCCUACAAAGCUUCUACAUUCACUGGAAUCUCUAUCAAUCAUGUUUUUUUAGGUAAUUUACAACAGAAAGGUCUUAAUCCUGAUCCUACCUGUAAAUUGUACAGUUGACCUUAAAUGACAAAUGUAUUUUCUAAUUCCAAAAUGGCCUAGUGUAAAGUUAAGAAGAUAUAUUUAUUUGAAGGUUUUAAUAUUUUAUGAUGACAAAUAUUUAUUUUGAGAAAACAUUGUUAAAGGCGUUAGCCUCCUCCGGGGGGCAGAUUCGACACGAAUGGCUCACUAUGGAUUAGAAGAUGAAUAUAUUAACGUAUGAAAAUAAAAAAAAAGCCUUAAAGUCUAA